CCUACUGUUGUACUGGGGAAGUAGCGAACCCACAUGUGCACUUUUUUUUUAGGUGGACAGCGGUCUACUUGAGAUAAAACACCCGAGAUUUGUCGGAAAAUAUCGAUUGCUUUUAUAAUUUCACUAUCUACCAAGGACCAGUUGCUCUUUGUUCAGGGUACUUUCAUGAAAGAGCUCUACUUACUACAUUCGACAUUCGUAGGACAGAGGAUAGAAUGAGCUCCAAGUAUCAGACUUCCCCUCAUGGAACUAAAAUCCUGAGUCCUUCUGAUGAAGACGGCGACAUCAGGGCAGAGAAUGUUUAUCUUAAGACGCUCCUCCUUGAUUUAUCCCAUCAGCAUACAAGGCAGAGCAAGCUCAUGGAGAAACUCCUCUACUUUGGACCUGUGAGUUCGCAAAACCCACAGUUGCUUUCAGAUGAAGAUGCAACCAAAACUCAACCACAGAAGAAGGACGAAGGGCAGAUGAACGGCAGAGCCAGUGGCCAAGACACACCCAAUAACACCACGCCGAAUGAAGAAUCCACAGAUUUGCAUGUGAACACCUCGGCCCAGUGUGAAGAGGAAAAGGUUAAGGAGAAGGACUUGAAGGAGAGCAAUCAUAGGGGAAAAUACGACCAGGAGCGAGAGGCCUACUCGAGGGAGAUGAUGGGCAGAAUGUUGUGGCUGGAGCGUCAGCUGAUAGAAGCCAGACGAGCUGUGACUGAGGAGGAUGAAGACAAAGUCUUUCAGAUGAAGGAGUACUAUGAGAAUCUCCUGGAAAAAUCCAAAAAUGCUCUGGAUGAACUUCGCCUGCGCCUGGAUGUAACCCAGAAUGAUUUCAUGGUCAGCCAGAAGUGUCGCACAUGCAGGUGUUUGAAAACCGAGGCAGAGGUGCAAAAGCUCAAGCAGGAGCUUAGAACUCAAAAGAUAUUUUAUGAAACUGAAGCCCAAGACCUUCAGGACAAGACUGAAGAGCUGAUGGCUGAAUUGGAGGAGGAGCGUGCUCGGUCCGCCAAUUGGGAGCAGCAGGCCAUUGAGACUCAGAAGCAAAUUGCUGAUCUUCACUUCACCAACCUGAAGAAAACUGAUGAGUUGGAGCGACAGAUUGCUAUCCUUUCACGGGAGCUGGAGGAUGAACAUGAAGAUUGUUCUUCUCUCAAGAGCAAGAUGGUUAAAAUAGUGAAGGUACUUAAGGGACAGGAUGGCCACAAGAGCACCUUCUGAAGGGUCUCCACGGAUUUGAGGUUCCGUGAAGCGUCAUCCACCACCCACACCAUGGUUAGUUUAACGCCACUUCCUGCAGUUUGAGGUGACCUCAUGUCGCCACGGCUCCUCUAUGAAGUCAGGUGCUAUUUCUUGAUCUAUAGACUGUAU